AUGAAGAGUCGACGAUUCUACGGAACUGCGGCUUUGUUGCUCCUCCUUUUCUUAUUGCCAUUCAUUCUCGAUGGCAUGAAUCAAUCUUAUCAUCAAAUAUCCAGUGGACUUCUUUCCUUUUCAUCGGGUCAUGGAGCAAUUUCUCAAUCAACAACAACAACAACAUCAUCAUUUGUCGUAGAGGCUCAACGAAGACGAAGAAGAAGAUUAAAUCUCGAGAAAAAGUUAAAGACUCGCCGUAGUAGUCGUGAUGAGUAUGAAGAGGAUGAUGAUGACGACGAUGAUGAAGACAAUUAUAAUUACAGAAAACCAAAGAAACAAAAACAACAACCUCCAUCUCCACCUCCGCAACAACAACCACAAGAGGAUGACGAUGAACAAAAUGGAGAUCUAGACAGUGCCUCUUCUACUGGUGGUGGUGGUGGUGGUAAUAGUCGAGCAAUUGCUGAAAAGCACUCAUUCAAGCCUCCCUUCCUUUACGGAGGACAACAAGGCAUUCCGUACUGGGAAUAUGGCGGAAGUGCCAUUACUACUGAAAACUACAUUCGGGUGGUUCCAAACAUUAAAUCCAGAACGGGAUACAUUUGGAAUUUGGAACCAGUUCAUAUGAAGAGUUGGCAAGUUGAAAUUGAUUUUCUCAUUCACAAUACACAUAGUCCUGGUGCUGAUGGUUUAGCUUUUUGGUAUGCCAGAGAGCCAAUGAAAACUGGUACCUUGAUGGGCUAUACGGAGAGUUUUGAUGGUUUGGGAAUCUUGUUUGAUACCUAUGACAACAACAUGGAUGGAGAUAAUCCAGCUGUGAUUGCAAUUAUGAAUCAUGGAGGUCCAAUGAAGCUUGAUGUGGAUAAUGAUUUUAGAGCCAACCAAUUGGAUCGUUGUCGAGCAGAUUUUAGAAAUCCAACACAUGGUAGAACUACAGCUCGAAUUACUUAUCAAAACCGAAUGUUGAGUGUUUAUAUGGAUACUACAAACUCUGGACAAUUUACCAAAUGUUUCGAAAUUAAUAAUGUGCACUUGAAGGAUGGCUAUUAUUUCGGUAUCACUGCUGCCACUGGAGGAUUGGCUGACAAUCAUGACGUGCACAGUUUCUUGGCCUAUGAUCUUGCCUAUGAGCCACACAAAGAGGCAACUGAAUCUCAUCAUCACAGAGGUUGGUAUGAUCCCUAUGAAGAAUUCCAAAAGUAUCUCGAAAAACAAAAGAAGGAAGAGGAAAUUUUAAAAAAUUCUCAAAAUGAACCACAGCAAGAUCAACAUGCCAGUACAACAGAUUCAAGCCAUACUGGCAACACUUUGCAACAUGAUGUGACUGCUGAACUUGAAAGAAAGAAGAAGGAAGAGGAGGAUACAUGGGCACAAGAGCAAAAGCUGUUCGAUGACCUUAAGGAAAAGAUGAAGCAUGUUGAUGAGCCACAACAAGAGCCAGCUCAAACCAAGCCACAACAAAAAUCAAACGAAGCUCAACCACCUGUCCAACAUCAUGAAGGAGGCGCCGUCACUUUCAACAUGCAAACAGGAUUGCUCAUUUUGGAAGCUUUGGAAGAAGUGGUCAGAACUAUUAAGAAAUCCUCAACAAAGAGUGACAUUAUUAAUAUUCUGGAGUUUGUAAGCGAAGUUUCUAAAAAACAAGAAGAAGUUCAAAGAAAAUUCACAGAAUUUAGCGAAGACACAAAGAAGGAUGUGGCUGUUACUUUGGCAGAGUUGAAGAGAGAUACUGAUACUUUGAACAGUCAACUCAGAAGAUUGGACUCACUCAUUACCAACAUUUACAAUGAUGUUGGCAAUAUUCAACGAUCUCAUGGAGACAUUCAACAAGGAAUUUCUAAACAAUCAGAGUCAUUGGGAGAAAUGCAAAGAUUUAGUAAUGGCUGGUUAUUGGUCAUUUUCAUCUUCUUCCAAAUUGUGUUCGCCAUUGGUUUUAUUUAUUACAAAAAGUUCCAAGAAAGCAAGACCAAAUUUUACUAG